GAAAACUUCAUCUAUCUGUGUCAAUGGGGUAUGGCAACUUGAACUGAUGUACAUAAGUACAGGUUUUACAUUGUGACUGGCUGUCUUGCUGGCGGAUUUUUAUACCUGUUUGCUUAAUAAGCCUGAGUUGUUGCCUAUUGUUACCUAUCGCGACUGCCAUUACUUUCUUUUCUGUUAUUGCCACUCUUUCUGCUCACAUGUAUUACGUGAACUUUUUAUCAUCCUACGUUUAAGCUGCAACUCUCCUUGUCUAGUUCAAUGCUAAACGGGAUGAGUUCUGUAGACGAAACCACUACCUUUGCUGUUUCUACAGUUGUUUGAAUAUCGUACCAAACCACUUCGAGUUUCACUUUCAUGGUUGAUUAACUCGUUCUAUAAUUGUUCCUGAAAUAUAUUCUUAAUUUUUUUAAAAGCUGUACUUUAAUUUGUUUUCUUAAUGUGGCUUUUCUUCAUUUAGUAAGACGCAGACAAAUAUAUGUUUGAACUAGAGUGUUAUCUGAGUCUAAACAUGUGGUCCAGAAUAAGCGACAUUUUUUAAACGAGCUCCUCCAAUGAUGACUAAUGGCAAUGUGAUCUAAUUGAGUCUAUCAGUAGUAGUGGCUUUAUGAACUGAUGUUACAAUUUGUUCUAGUUGUCUUGACUGUAUUGCAACCUUGUGAUAUGAUGGAAAGAAAAGUCAAUUUUCGAUUGAUUUACUCAUCAUGAGUUUUGUUCAAGAUUACUCCCGUUUUGAUUCAAUGUAAUGAUUACUCAAUGUAGUAUUUGUUUUCUUUUCUCAUAUGACAUUUUAUUCUGUAUAAUAUACGCUAUUCUUGUAUUCCGUCGAUCUGAACUAUGCUCAGUUUGUGAUUUAUUAUAACUCGGAGUAUUUUUCAUAUAUGUGAUUUCAUUCUAAUUGUUAAUCAAAAUGGGUGUAAAAUCAAUAUAUCAACCAGUGUAUUUUAGACUACGAUCAUCAUCAUUAUCAUCAUCAUCAUCAUCGUUUUCGUCGUCGUCAUAGUGUUUUGGGGCUAAUAAAUCUUCACUUAUACCAGUCUUGUGUUCUUACUUUUGCAUCGUGGAAAUUGCAGAGGUCCCUCGUUCCACGUAUAAGUGAUCAGCGUUUUUCCGGCACAACAAUCAACGACGACCAAACCUAACACUUCGUCUAGGCGUCUUUGUACAUAGGAACAAAUAGUUGAUUUUCGGAAUGAAACUUCAGAAAAAAAUGUAUUAUAUUCUACAUGAUCUAUUCACUAUUGAAUACCCUUUCACUAAUUAAUUAUUCCAUCAAUCCGUUUAGUACCUUUGCUCAUACAAGUCAGACCUGUCGGUUUUUUUUCUUAUUAAACAUAUCAGUUAUUCUAUGUUUAAUUGUCUGAUACAUGUAAAGUUGUGAGCAUAAGUCCUCUUUUAGUUAACACUACUGCUAUUUUGUAAAUAUCUUACCGUUUCAAUCGUGAAAAUUUUAGUCGUCGCUUAAUAGAUUUAUGAAUUAUUCGUUAUUACGUAUCGUAAAGAUAACCUAUUUUUUAGGUGUUGAAUUUUAAUAUUUUUUUACUUUCAAUUUCCGUCCGUAAUAUAAUUUAUUAACUGUUUACUCUCGAACAGAUGUUUCGCGAAAAUCAAUGGUACCUAUUACGUUGUGUCAGUUAUUUUCUCAAACAUAAGUGACUGGGUGUAUCCGGAUUCAGUCUCUUAUCGGUUCAUGAGCGAACAAAUGUGUGGGUCAGAUAUGUGCAUUGAGGCUGCUAAUCAAGGCUACAUGCUGUGUGAUGCCGGGAUCCAUGAUUGCUACGUAGUAAAUAACUCUUAUCAAUGUAAGAAAGGAGUUCCACUAAUAGAUUCCUGUGAGUAUUUGGCUAAAGAUUUAAAUUGGUCUUGUCCACAUGUUUCCAGAAAUUCCCCUGAAAUAGCCGAAUACGGACGGAGCCUCCAUAGUGUUUCCUACAACGCCAAAACUCUGUAUCGCAUAAAUCCAGAUUAUAUUUUGAAUUUCACAUCUAAAUUCACCGAUCAUGUGAUUAGACAACAGCUUGCUCGCAACAGUGUUUCUGAACGUCGUUCAAUUGCUAGUCAGUUACUUGACAGCAUGAGGUUUGCAUUAGAUAUGUCUCCAACCAUUGUUGCAUCCGGUUAUAAUUGGUCUACAAACUCUACUGCGAAUUCAGAAUUUCUGUCGACUUCAGUUUCCAAAAAACUGCAAAUAAUCUCCGUAUUUCUCCAUUUAAUCGCGGAGAUCGCCCGCCAAACCCCUUCUGUUAUCGAUUUAUUAAGAUCCGGCAAAGAAUCUGAAAGGAGUUUACGGUUUUGGCAUUUAUCUUCAGAUACAGGCAAUAUAACAAUGAAUAGUUCGCAAGGGAAGGUGAUCAAGUUUUCCAUUACACCAAAGCAAUCAGAAAUGCAUGAUACUUUUAUCGCUGUAAUCCCAGCUGCCAACUUUCCAGGAGUUCUUCUGACACAACUAGACAAUAUCAAAAAAGUGACAACACCUUCCUUAGACUCAGAUGUUGUAUUGGUCGACACAAACAAUCGUCUGUCUUUCACUCUAUCUGUGGAUUUAUCUCAGAAACCGAAUAUCACUGUAUCAUGUGAACAACUAAAACAGAAUCCCGAGUUUAAAGAAUUGUGGAGUGAUGGAAAUUGCAAAACAAUUGUUGUUGGUUCUAAUUUUGAAUGCCAAUGUCUUCCAGCUCAGGGUGGAACAUUCGCGAUCGCUUUGGUUUACUGGUUAGGGUCGUCGCAUAUUCCAUUAACACAUGUGUACUCCAUAAGUAUUGUUAAUUAUAUUUUUACUUUCGUAACUAUUGUCGCUUUAUUCCUGUUUCUAAUAUUCACUCGUUUCAUUGGAGUUUUCCGGUUGGAUCAAUUCAACAUAGCGUUUUGUUUAAUGGUUAGCGCAAUUGUUUCUUUGGCGAUUCCACAUACAACUGACAGGCAACCAAUUUUGUGCACUAUCAUCGCUGUUGCUGUUUGCUAUUUUCCGUUGGCUGCUUUUUCAUGGAAAUUCAUAUUUGGGUUGAAUACAUUAAUAUUAAUCAUUGCACCACAUUCUCGAUACCAUGACCUUGUUUCUAAACCGAAAAAUUGUUUGCCAUUAGUAUGGAUAGGUUAUUUGAGUCCUGCAAUUAUUAUUGGCACAUGGUUUGGCUACACAGGAGAAGUUAGUAACAGUGGUCUCUGCAUUGGUCCCAAAACUCUCCGUUGGUCUUUUGUUGGUCCAAUAACAACAGUUGUUACUUUUAACUUCGUUAUUUUGUUUGUAGUUGGUCUAGUCCUUCUCAGAAAUUAUCUUGUUACUCGCAAGAGUAAACUAAAUAAAACAACACACUUUUUAGUGCUGACGCAGUUGAUGCUAACGUUAGGAAUUCCAUACAUCGCAAUUUACAUUCAGCUAUUGGACGCUUUCACUAUGCUAAUUGUUGUACCAGUUGCGAUGGCUCUAACAGCCGUACUUAUGUUUCUCCUGGUCGCCGUUUUUGAUGAGGAAAAUCGUCAUUUACUACGAUCCUUCAUUUACACACAUAUCGCACGUUCAAGCGAGCACAGCUCUGGAACAAUGGCAUUGAGAAAUCAAUGCAGGGGAGAAAUUGAGUCAAAGUUUAGAAAAUCUUCUCUCCAUCAUAUGGAGCGGGAUCACUUUUCGUCAAAUUAUUUAAGCACACACGCUUUACGCAACCCAGAUAACGGAAAAAGUGCCUAUCAACAUGAUAACACAAUUAGAAGGAAAACACAAGAAUAUAGUUCAACUAUUGCCUCACCUGAAACUGGUAAUUCAGUUGUACUUUGCGAUUCGGGACAACUAAAUGGGGAGUUAUUUAAUGGCAUUUCGUGCACUGAAGAAGAUCACACAGUCAAUAGUAUAAAGAAUAAAGGUGAUGUCAAUCUUGGUUUUCCAAAUAAUCGAUCACAUGUUUUACCUUCUUUCAACAGUCUAGUCACUCAGAUGUAAUCAUUCACAAUAUGUACGUGAAAACAUAAAUCGGUUGUCCAUUUUGACAACUAUCAAAUUGUUUCUAUCCGAAACAGAUUUAUUCGUGAAAGCGAGAUCACCGAUUUCUAUUAAUUCAUAUCUUACUUUUUACCAAUAACGAAACUUUCACUUGUAUGUCAUAAUUUUUUAAUGUUUUCUUUCUAAAAACCUGAGCAUUUUAAGUGAGUAUAUUUCAUUUGUUUGCUAUUUCCGUGUUUAUGCGCACAGGAUGAAUUUCAAUUUAUAAAACACUAAAAACUGGUUUUAAAAUUUUUUCUACUUACUGUUGUAUUGUUUGUAUACAUUAUUUCUCAAUGUACUGAGCUAAUCUGCGAUCUGCGUAAUCUCCAUUUUACAUCAAACUAAAUUUUUGAAACUAUUGAUUUGCCACAUAAUGCAUGCACAAAUAGGUUAAUUUUGAUUUCUUAAAAUAUUUAUCGUUUGCAUAAUUUAUUAUGAUUAGCAAUUACAUAUAUCUUUGUCACACA